CCCGCGAAAAUUCCGCGUUCGUCACUCGUAUUAAAUUCGCCGCCGUGGAAGCAUCAUUGAUCUUUCCUGCUAACCCCUAGCUCCGCAUCAGAAAUUGGCCAAAAAGAGCCCCGCAAUCGCACAAGUUGCAUUUCGUGAUAACAAGUAAUACACAAGAACCAACAUGUUUGAGGCACGCCUGGGUCAAGCCACCAUUCUGAAGAAGAUCCUCGACGCCAUCAAGGACCUGCUGAACGAGGCCACCUUCGACUGCAGUGACUCCGGCAUCCAGCUGCAGGCCAUGGACAACUCCCAUGUGUCCCUCGUGUCGCUGACACUGCGGUCCGAUGGCUUCGACAAGUUCCGCUGCGACCGCAACCUGUCCAUGGGCAUGAACCUGGGCAGCAUGGCUAAGAUCCUGAAGUGCGCCAACAACGAGGACAACGUGACGAUGAAGGCGCAGGACAACGCCGACACCGUCACCAUCAUGUUCGAGUCGGCCAACCAGGAGAAGGUCUCCGACUACGAGAUGAAGCUGAUGAACCUUGACCAGGAGCACCUGGGCAUUCCGGAGACGGACUUCUCGUGCGUGGUCCGUAUGCCGGCCAUGGAAUUUGCGCGCAUCUGCCGCGAUCUGGCCCAGUUCAGCGAAUCCGUUGUCAUCUGCUGCACCAAGGAGGGCGUCAAGUUCUCGGCCAGCGGCGAUGUGGGCACUGCCAACAUUAAGUUGGCCCAAACCGGAUCAGUGGACAAGGAGGAAGAGGCAGUUAUCAUUGAAAUGCAGGAGCCCGUAACGCUUACCUUUGCCUGUCGCUACCUGAACGCCUUCACAAAGGCGACGCCAUUGUCUACCCAGGUGCAGCUGUCAAUGUGCGCCGAUGUGCCGCUGGUAGUGGAGUAUGCGAUCAAGGACCUGGGCCACAUACGCUACUACCUGGCGCCCAAGAUUGAGGAUAAUGAAACAUAAGACAUGGCAGCAGCUGUUCUUUUUAUAUUUAUAUCCCUCUCUCUCGCAACCACUCAUCCUCCUCCUCACGUACAAUUCAUUCCUAAGUUUAAGCAAAUUCCGCAAAUUUUGAUCAAUAAAAAGCGAUACUGUAUAGUGUUAAA